AUGUCGGCCUCCCCAACGCAACCAACGCAGUCCGCGAAGCGGCCUCUCGAGGAGCCUUCGUCGCCCUCUCGCGCCACUGAGCAGCCCGAGGCGAAGCGCCCCGCUUUGGAUAAGGUCGUUAAGCACGACGAGGAGAUUGAGCUCGCGCCCCAGCCCGACCAGAAUGGCGGGUCCUCGCCUGACCAGAGCGCCGCCGAGAAGACCAACGGAGUAGCCACGGAGGAGCAGGCCGAGGGCACCGCUGGCGAAUCGACCGAUAGCAAGACGACCACCACGGCACCGGCGCCGGGCCCGUCUAGUGGUGUUCCUGCCAAUGCCAAUGACGAGACCGCCUGGAUUCAUAUUAGGGCUGUUAUUUCUAGCCCUGAAGCUGCGACCAUCAUCGGAAAGGGUGGCGAGAAUGUGUCCAACAUUCGAAGAUUGUCUGGCGCCAAAUGCACCGUCAGCGACUACCAGAAGGGUGCUGUUGAACGCAUUUUGACCGUUAGUGGCGUCGUAGACGCUGUCGCAAAGGCAUUUGGUCUUAUUAUCCGCACCUUGAACAACGAAAACCUGAACGAGCCUUCGUCGUCGACCUCGAAAACCUACCCGCUUCGCCUCCUGAUUCCCCAUAUCCUCAUCGGAUCCAUCAUUGGAAAGGGUGGCGCUCGCAUUCGAGAAAUUCAGGAAGCUUCUGGAGCCCGUCUUAAUGCGUCUGAUUCAUGCCUCCCGCUUUCCUCCGAGCGCUCCCUUGUUGUCAUGGGCGUUGCCGACGCUGUUCACAUUGCAACAUACUAUGUUGGCAGUACCCUCCUGGAGCAGCUGAAAGAACGUUUUGGUGGCCCUGCAGCAUCUGCCUACGCCACCAGGAGCGGUGGGCCCGCUGGCGCAGUCCCCGGCGGCAUGCAAGUUGUGCCUUACUGCCCCCAGCCCGCCAGUGGAGGAUACGGCAACAGGGAGCACUAUGGCAGGCGACAUGAUGCCCGGGCGCAUCAUAUGGCCCCUGGACCCUAUCCCCAACAGUACCCGGCCCACCCAGCCCAUCAUACCCCUCCCAUGCCCAUCCACUACGGAAGCGGGCCCCAGGCUGGAGCGUACGGUGCUGCUGCACCCCAUGUCCCCAUCCACGCCGCUCCCCACGCCGCGGCUCCUGGUCCAGGUGGUCCCCAGGGCCAGCCCAUGCACGGUGGCAUGCCUGGCGGUUCCCUGACGCAACAGAUCUACAUCCCCAACGACAUGGUCGGCGCCAUUAUCGGCAAGGGUGGAUCGAAGAUUAACGAGAUACGCCAGAUGAGUGGCAGCGUUAUCAAGAUCAACGAGCCUCAGGACAAUACCAACGAGCGCCUCGUCACCAUCACUGGUACCGAGGAGUGCAAUCGUAUCGCCCUGUACCUCCUCUACAACCGCCUCGGCGAGACCCACAACAAGCACGCCGAUGAGCGGCGGCCUUUCUAG